AUGUACGCGAGGUAUGUGCCUCCGUCAAAAGGCGCAAAAGCCACAGCGCCUGCUGAGCCUUCAGCCCCAAAGUCAUCACCAGCUCCCAAGCCGGAUGCGAUAGAGUCAAGGCUUGUCGAGGAAUUCAGCUACACGCGCUACGUGCCAGGAGCCAAGGCCGCGGCAAAAUCUUCUGCUCCGUCCGUAUCUGCCCCAAAGUCAAUACAGUAUUUCAACGACGAGGCCGAUUCCACACCGAAGCGGAAGCGAGAACCGGCGACCGAGGAGCAGCAGGGGUCGGAGAGCAAAAAGAUCAAAAGAGUCAAAGAUGCUACUGCUCCACGGGACGACACUGCAGCGGCGGAUUCCCAACCGGGUGCAAAAAAGAAAAAUCGGAGAAAGCGAAAGCAACGAACCCAGGCUAAUGAUUCUUCUGACGAUUCCGACGACGAGCCGAAACACACGACGGCUAUGUCGAGCGUGAAAAUACAAGACAACGUCGAGGAAGCUCCUCCCGUCGACAUUGUUGAAAACGGAGCCGACUCAAGAGACAGAGAAAGUGAUGUGGAGAUGGCCGAGGGUGCCCUCGAGGCGGAGGAACAAACAAAAGAAAAGAAGAAGAAACGGGAGAAGAAGAAGAAACAAGCCAAGGGGGUAACAGAAGAGCAAGACAAAGACGACGAAAAUGAUAUGGCACGGCACAAGGCAGUUUUAGAGCGCAAAACAAAGUCAAUAAAAUUGGCCACCAAAAUCGCACAAACGAAACACGACGAGUCCGACGAGGAAUCCGUGGAAUCUCACGGUCUGGAGCCGCUGCCUCAGCCAGCUCCCGUACCCGAGGACGAGUCCAAGCCAACAUACGACACCCUUCCCCCAUGGCUGUCCAACCCCAUACGGGUCGCGCAAGACACAAAGGCGCCCUUCACAGACCUGGGCAUCCUACCACGACCAUCGCGGAUAUUAGCAGAAAAGGGCUACAAUGAGGCAUUUGCAGUUCAGACUGCGGCCAUCCCUCUACUUACACCAACAAGUAAACGCCGACCAGGAGAUUUACUAGUGUCAGCAGCCACGGGAUCCGGCAAAACACUCGCCUACGCACUGCCCAUUGUCCGCGAUAUUAGCAACGGCGUGGUCACGAGGCUACGAGCUCUUGUGGUCCUCCCUACACGAGAACUCGUCAAGCAAGCACAGGAUGUCUUUGAGGUGUGUGCCAAGGCCUACGAGGGGGAAGACCGGAAGCGAGUCCGAAUCGGCGUGGCUGUUGGAAGUCAGUCUAUCAAAUCGGAACAAGAGGCCUUUAUCGAACGAGAGUCGCGUUAUGACCCGGAGGCCUACAGUAAAAUACAGGAAGAACAAAGGCAGCAGCGUGCGAUUACUUUUUCCGCCGACGUCGACGAUACGCAUGACUUGGAUUCCGCCAACAUCGAUGCCCGCCUCGGACCUUGGAAAGGUGAAGUUGUAGACUUUUCUUCCAAGGUAGAUGUCCUGAUCUGCACGCCCGGCCGUCUAGUAGAACAUAUUGAGCAGACACCCGGCUUCAGCCUCGACUACAUCCGCUGGCUCGUCGUCGACGAGGCGGACAAGCUGCUCGCGCAGAGUUUCCAGGGCUGGCUGGACCUGGUGCUGGAAAAGUUUCAGGUCAACAAAUUCAGUGCUCGCGACUUUCCCGACAUGGCAUAUUCAGGUGUUCGCAAGGUGAUUCUCAGUGCGACAUUGACCAGAGACCUCAGUCUCUUGAAUCAGUUGGCGCUGCGGAGACCGCGGCUGGUUGUGCUGGAGAAUGACGGCGCCGUGCAGGUAGCGGAACAUGCUCUGCCUGUGGGCUUGCGGGAGUUUGCGGUGCGGGUUCAUGAGGCUAAUCUCAAGCCGCUGUAUCUUUUGGAUCUCUUGAGACAGUCCCACAUGACGGGCCCUGUUGGAAAUGGAGACUCCUCGUCCACGUUGAAGGAAGACGAGGAUACAUCCGACAGCUCUGACACCUCCUCAGACUCGGAUAGUUCGGGUUCGGAUUCGGAUACAACCUCCGAGUCGGAUACUUCAGACGAUGAAAGCACACCUCCGGCGCCCAAGACACAAAUCCCCAUCUCCCUCAUCUUUACCAAGUCCAACGAAUCUGCUCUGCGGCUCUCUCGGCUCCUCACGCUCCUCGACGCCUCACUCACCAGUCAAAUCAGCACCCUGACAUCCACCACGCCCACCCACAUUCGUCGCAAGGUCCUUCGCGCAUUCACAACUCCUUCAUCCCCCGUGCGUCUCAUUAUCGCCUCCGACCUAGUCGCCCGAGGUAUCGACAUCCCUAAGCUCGGCCAUGUCAUCAACUACGACUUACCCGCCAGUGUAGCCGGCUACGUUCACCGCGUAGGUCGGACGGCUCGCGCAGGACGGUCUGGAUGUGCAUGGACUUUGAUUGGCGAUGACGAAAGCGGUUGGUUCUGGGGUAAAAUCGCAAAGAACCAAGCCAUAAGACGGACACAGAAGGUGGAGAGAACGAGAAUAGAAGAAAUGACCGAGGAGAGAGUGCAGGGAUAUGAGGCUGCACUGGCUAUACUUGGUAAGGAAGCGUUAGAAUUAAGGAGAAGUAAAUAA